GAUGGGCACCCUGCACGAGGCCGAGGCCGCCAUCGCCAGCCUGCACGAGCAGCGGGUGCUGAUCCCCGAGCAGCGCGAGCUAGGCCCCAUGCAGGUCGCCUUCGCGAAGGGGGAGGCCGUCCGCCUAGGGCUGGACGUCAAGGAGGAGACGCUGCCGACCUUCAAGGAGGCCAGGCAGAAGGUGGUUGAGCACCAGGAGAAGCGCCAGUUCUUCGAGGCCAUCCAGAAACGCCAGGAGGCGUACGUGAAGGCCAUGAGCAAGGGCCCCCUUCCGCAGAAGGACCUGGUCGAGCUGAUCAAGGAGGGGCAGCGCCUGGCUGGGAGGCCAUUCAAGGAGAAGUGGUGGCAUUUCUGCAACCAGGGCUGGGGCGGCGUGUUCGACUACAACCCGUCGGCCCACUGCCAGGACACGCUGGCCCACUUCGUCGUCCUGGCGUUUCAGGAGUACGGGAAGGAGCAGUGGAUGCAGAUCAGGCUGCACGGCAUGCCGCCGGUGCCGCCGGCCAUGGGGCCCCCGCCGCCUCUGCGCCCGACGAUGCUGCCGCCGGGGAUGCCGCUGGCGCCCGGGAUGCCCCCGCCGAUGCUGCCGCCGUUCGGGCCGCCGCUGGUAGGCAUGGUGCCGCCGGCGAUGCCGCCCCCGAUGCCGCAGAUGCCCGUGAUGCAGGAGGGCGGCCCCUGGCUGCCGCCCGAGGGGCUGCCCGCGGCGCCCGACAGGCCCCCGCGCCGCGCCCGGGCCGCCGCCCCCCGCGCCGCCUCUGGCAGCCCGGAGCGGAGGAAGCGCUCUCCCCGGAGGAGGCCUCGGGAAGAGCAGGCGAUCCAGGUGAAGGACGAGGGGGAGGACGACGUCGAAGGCUGCACCGAGGCCGUACCCGCGCCCGCGCCCGCGCCGGUGCCGCUGGUGGCGGCGCGGAGGAUGCAGGACUACGGGGACGUGGACUCGCUCGGCAGCGGCGACGAGGCCUGA